UUCUAUCAUCAGAGAAUUUCUUAGUAAAGCGAUAGAAAGCGAUUUUCAUACAACGAUGGAUGUGUCCGCAGUGGAUCGAACGAAACGGAGACACAUCUCGCCGAAUAAGCAUUUACAUAUCAGUCUGUCGAUGAUUUAUUACAUGGGAAUGUGGCCGACUCAUGGCAGAUACCGAUAUUUAUAUUUCGCGUACACGGUUUGCAGUUUCAGCCUUUUAUUGGGCAUCUUCCUUACUACGGAAAUCGCGCAUAUUAUCGUGGAACGGAAUAAUAUCGAAGAAGUUAUUGCAGGCGCGACUCUACUCAUGACUAAUGCUAGCCACGCUUCUAAGAUCAUUUUUAUUCUUCGACGACAUAAGCGUAUUCAGCGCCUCGUCGGCAUGACGAGCAGCGAAUUGUUCAGCCGGGACAAUUUAAAAUACGAACGGAUUGUAACGCAUUAUACUUGGCAAGGUAUUUUUCAUCACAUUAUGUAUCAAUUCUUUGGGACUAUGGCUGUUGUUUCUUGGGGAGCUACACCGGUGAUUGAUCUGCUCAGUGAAAGAUCUAAGAAGCUACCCUUAUUGGGCUGGUAUCCCUAUAAUACAACAGCAUCGCCAGCUUUUGAGAUUACGGCACUUUAUCAAGCAGUAACAAUCUUUAUUUGCUGCUUCAACAAUAUAGCGAUUGAUACUCUGGUAACAGGCCUUAUCACAAUUGCCUGUUGCCAAUUAACUAUUCUGAAUCGCAAUAUUGCUUCACUGAACAACGAAGAUAAGCAAUUAAUUUCUAUAGAAAGCAGAAAUAAUAUUAAAAAGCCUGUUGAGCAAACUUGUAACAAACAGUAUAAUGAUUUAAAGAUCUGUGUUGAUCACAGCAAUAUGAUAUUUGAGUUUUCGAAAGAGGUGCAGAAUAUUUUUGGCACCGCGAUAUUCUUUCAAUUCCUAGUGAAUUGUAACAUUAUCUAUUUAAUAGCUUUCAACAUAGCACAGAUGAAAGUUUAUAUUCCGCAUGUUCUCUUCGGGAUGUUGAUGUACGUGUGCUGCAUGACGUAUCAGGUUUUUAUAUUUUGUUGGCACGGUAACGAGCUAUAUCUUCAUAGCUUAGAGAUCAGUCUCGCCGCGUACACGAACAGAUGGUGGCAGAAAACCGAGAACUUCAAGCAAGCUAUACAAAUUAUAAUGACCAGAUCUCAACGACCCCUCAUACUAUCUGUUGGAAACAUCAUGGAUUUGUCCUUACAAAAUUUUGUUCGCUCUUACAAACAUCGACGAGCACUUGAUUCUGUUGCUUACAAUAAAAACCUUCCUUUAGAAAGUUAUUAAAAGGGCAUAUAUUUUUAUAAAAAUUAGUAACAUUACAUUCUUUUUAACAUUUCAUAUAUAAAAUAUAGCGAUAUACUUGUUUAAUGUACUUCUUAUGUGUAUCAAAAAUAUAAAAUCUAAACACGUCUUUCACACUA